UAUGUAUAUGUCUUAAAAACAAAUAUUUUUUUAAUUUGUGAAAAGCAAGCUUUGUAAAUUUUGUUCACAUCUAAAUCAGCUGCCAAUUUAUUAGAGUGCUUCUCGCGGUAGUCGUUAUCACGCUCAUCGUCACAACCAACGUUCGCAGUCCUUAAAUCGCGGUCAAGCGCUUUCACAGGCAGAUGUAAGCGGAAUGUGGUGACAUCGGGGUGCCUCAGGUAAAGCUGCUGGAGGUCAGGGUGGUUGUGCCAGCUGCGCCAUGGGUAACAAGUUGAGCUGYUCCUGUGCGCCAUUGAUGCGCAAGGCGUACCGUUACGAGGACUCACCAUGGCAGACAUCACGUCGACGUGACGGACAUUUAUUAAGUUCAUUCAGGUUGUGGGCUGAGGUAUUUCAUGUUUCGGCUAGCGGUGCCGGUACCGUUAAAUGGCAGCAAGUAUCUGAAGAUUUGGUUCCUGUUAAUAUAACCUGCAUCCAGGAUUCACCAGAAUGCGUAUUUCAUAUAACGGCAUACAAUAGUCAGGUGGACAAAAUACUGGACGUACGACUUGUGCAGCCAGGCACACGCAUUGGUCAAGCAUCAGAAUGCUUUGUUUACUGGAAGGAUCCGAUGACCAAUGAUACAUGGGGUCUCAAUUUCACUUCACCGAUUGAUGCAAAGCAAUUCCGUGAAUGUUGUUGCGACGUUUUACAGUCGCCUUCUUUCAAAUUUUCACGAAAGGCCUCGUCGAGUUACUCGCUGAAAUUGGACCCGCCCGGCAAGGGAAAGAUCAAGGCCAAGCGAAAGCCGUUGAGCACACCGGCCUCGCCGUCGCGCGUACGCAGCGAACCGCAAUGCACCUGUAUGUCGGCCGAACAAUACGCACGCCUACGGACCGAUCCACGUGUACGAGGUUCAUCCACUUUGCCACGCUCCGUAGGCUCUCGCAUAACCGAUGUCGAUGUCGGUGGACAACAGAAGGUGAUGGCGAACGCCACCAGCAGCACAUCAUUGUAUGAUAAUGUAGCCGGCAGUGGCGGUGUAGGCACACAAUCUAUGAAUGCCGUUGGCUGCUGUCUCUUAUACACAUCUAGAUGUGUAUAA